CGAUGAAGCUGUUUAAAUCACUCCCAAUUUCACAUUGAUGCUGCAGAGACUCAAAGAGCUGCUGCGUGCAGCGACGACGAACUUCGUUCCACGGCGCUGCAAAUGAUUUCCAAAUGAAAUUGGAUUUCCAGAAUCAAUUCUUCCUCAAUUCCUGGAGAAGCCCAGCGAAAUAGUCCCCUUCAAGUUACAUAAUUGUGCUGCUGUGCAUAUUGUGCUGUUUGACCUUCACAUUACAGGUUAAAAUGUUGCAUUUUAGUGUUUCGUGGCAUCGAUUUUUCUGCGUCUACAUCAUUUCUCUGUGCUUUUUUAUUCAAAAGGAAGGAACAGGUGCUGAUAAUCCUCUGCUAAAAGCCAUCAGAGAUGACCCACAUACAUAUAAAUAUGGCUCUGGCAUUUUGGAAAGAAAAGGCUUUCGCUCCUUAUGAAUUCUGCAAAUGGAUCUUAGGAAUCAGGAUGUUCCCGUUUGCUGUCAGCGUGGUAGGAAGAGGAAACCUUUAUUAAUGGAUUGCUCAUCUCUCCCUGGAUCCAGAACGUUCUGAACCUCUGUCCACAAAGUACAAUUUCCAUCCCUCUCUCUCUCAACAGGAGGACAUCGUGACAGUACUGCCAGUAACUCCAACCGCAGCACUCCUGCCUGCUCCCCGAUCCUGCGCAAACGCUCCCGCUCCCCCACGCCGCAGGACGCCCCGGGAGACGCCAUGGUGGAGAAGGGCUCUGACCACUCCUCGGACAAGUCCCCUUCCACGCCCGAGCAGGGGGUCCAGCGGAGCUGCUCCUCCCAGUCAGGCCGCAGUGGGGCCAAGAACUCCAAGUCACACAAGCGCCUCUCCAAAUAUGACAGACUUAACCUGCUCAAAAAAAGCCAGAGUUGGUAUAAUCAUGAGAGACAGUACAUCCGGAGAGUGUUGAGUCCAACGUACAAACAACGGAAUGAGGAUUUCAGGAAGCUCUUCAAGCAGCUCCCGGACACGGAGCGUCUCAUCGUGGAUUACUCAUGUGCUCUCCAACGAGACAUCCUCCUGCAGGGCCGCCUCUACCUCUCGGAAAACUGGAUCUGCUUCUACAGCAACAUCUUCCGCUGGGAGACACUGCUGACCGUUCGCUUGAAGGACAUCUGCUCCAUGACCAAGGAGAAAACGGCACGGCUCAUUCCCAAUGCCAUCCAAGUUUGCACUGACACUGAAAAGCACUUUUUUACCUCCUUUGGGGCUCGAGACAGGACGUACAUGAUGAUGUUCAGGCUCUGGCAGAACGCUCUGCUUGACAAGCCUCUGUGUCCAAAGGAGCUCUGGCACUUUGUCCACCAGUGUUAUGGGAACGAGCUGGGUCUGACCAGUGAUGAUGAAGACUAUGUGCCUCCUGAUGAUGACUUCAACACAAUGGGCUACUGUGAGGAGAUCCCCGUGGAGGAGAACGAGGUCAACGACAGCUCCUCCAAGAGCAGCAUGGAGGCCAAGCCAGAAGCCAGCCCUCAGCUGCCAAAGAAAUCUGUCACUGCCAGCACUCUGACAUCCACGGGGAGCAGUGAAGCUCCAGCCUCGUUCGAUGGAGUUCUCCCAGAAGAGGAGGAGGCAGUGGCAGAGAGCCCUGUGGAGAAAGACCUCGGCAUUGCAAAUAUCAUGGGAGAGAAGAUGGACAUCAUUGGCCCUGUGAACUCCCCUUCCCUGGACUUCAAUGACAACGAAGACAUUCCCACUGAGCUCAGUGACUCCUCAGAGACCCACGAUGAAGGGGAAGUCCAAGCCUUUUAUGAGGACCUGAAUGGGCGCCAGUACGUGAACGAGGUGUUCAACUUCAGCGUGGACAAGCUCUACGACCUGCUCUUCACAGACUCCCAGUUCCAGAGGGACUUCAUGGAGCAGCGCCGCUUCUCUGAUAUUAUCUUUAAUCCCUGGAAGAAGGAAGAAAAUGGCAAUCAGACCAGAGUGAUCCUGUAUACCAUCACCCUCACCAACCCUCUGGCCCCCAAAACUGCCACUGUCACAGAGACACAGACAAUGUACAAAGCCAGCCAGGAGAGCGAGUGCUAUGUCAUAGAUGCAGAGGUGCUAACCCACGACGUCCCCUACCACGAUUAUUUCUACACCAUCAACCGCUACACGUUGACUCGUGUUGCCAGAAACAAAAGCCGACUCAGGGUUUCCACGGAGUUACGUUACAGGAAACAGCCUUGGGGGCUGGUGAAAUCCUUCAUUGAGAAGAAUUUUUGGAGCGGCCUGGAGGAUUAUUUCCGUCACUUGGAGAGCGAGCUGGCCAAGACAGAGAGCACCUACCUGGCCGAGGUGCACCGACAAUCCCCCAAGGAGAAGGCGAGCAAGCAGCCCGCGGUGCGCCGCAGGAAGCGCGCCCACGGCCACCUGCGGGUGCCGCACCUGGAGGAGGUGCUGAGCCCCGUCACCACCCCCACCGACGAGGAGGUGGCACAUCGGAUCAAGCACGUGGCAGGUUCCACUCAGACACGGCACAUCCCCGAGGAAAGCCCCAGUGGCUUCCACCUGCAGAGUGUCUCCAAGCUGCUCCUUGUCAUCAGUUUUGUUCUGGUGCUGCUGGUCAUUCUCAACAUGAUGCUGUUCUACAAGCUCUGGAUGUUGGAAUACACCACACAGACCCUCACGGCGUGGCAGGGCUUGAGGCUGCAGGAGAGGCUGCCCCAGUCCCAGACAGAGUGGGCCCAGUUGCUGGAGUCCCAGCAGAAGUACCACGACUCCGAGCUGCAGAAGUGGCGGGAGAUCAUCAAAUCCUCCGUGAUGCUUCUGGACCAGAUGAAGGAUUCCCUAAUAAACCUUCAGAAUGGCAUCGGGUCCCGGGACUUCGGGUCAGAUCCAGAGGAGAAACGGAAACGUUUCCACUGACAGGCAGGAAUGCAGGAGGCCAGAGGACGGUGUGCAAUAUGUGUAAAUAGGAUAUAUAAAUAUAUAUAUAUAAAUAUAUAUAUAUAUAUACAGAAUAUAAAUAUAUAUAUUAUAUACAGAUUUUAAGAGAAAAAACAAAACAAAACAAAACCAAGCCUACGUAUCGAGGGGAAGGGUUGUGACCUCCAACACUGGCUGAACUGGAGUGUCUCUGGUAGUGUGGGGGGAGUGUGUGUGUGUGUGUGUGUGUGGGAGGGCUGUGCUCUCCCAGCACUGAGCUGUGCUUAGGGCCGAGCCCAGGGGUGCUCCCUGGGCCCUGCACUGCUCCUCUGUAAUAUUCCUGGCUGUUUGUCUGUCUGUCUGUUUGGUUUCUGUCGUUCCAAAGGGAAGCAUCAGCGUGAGUGCCCCCUCCCCUCCUCCCCAGCCCCCUCCCCGCGCAUGAGGGUCCCUGGUUGACUGUAUUUAUCUCUGCAUAAAAGGGGACACUGUCAACUCCCUUACCUUGCUGGCUUCAGGGCAGAGAGGGCUUGGCCACGGCACUCAAUCCCUGGCAAAACUGUUCCACGUUUGGAGAGGAGGCCUCGGGGAGAGGUUGCUGUGGGUCUGCGGGGAUCGGAUCUCCCUGGCCCAUCAGGGUGCAGAAACACAACUGGCUGUCACAGCCUGGGUCAGAGAGCAAGGCACAGCGUGGAAAGGAGCUGAAAUCCUGCCCUCCUGCUGCUGGUGCAGCAGGAGGGCAGGAUUUCAGCUCCUUUCCACGCUGCUGGUGCAGCAGGAAGAGGCGAGGAGAGGGUGGGGAGGGGGGUACCUGCCUGCAAGGUGUGUGGGUGGAGCAGAGCCACACCUGUGACAGUGUCCCCUUUGCCUUGGCUGUAGUUCCUCUGCUUUCCAUGUGCUUGGGCCCCUGCCAUUAAGCCAUCCCUGUGCUGAAUUCAGAUCUGCAUCUGUGCUGAACAGGCGACUCCCCACGAGGGUGGGAGUUACCCCCAACUUAAAAACAAACCCCCAAAUUAGGAUUUAUGUGCAGCCACGACCCAGCUCAGCAAAUCUCUCUCCUGCCCCUGGGUCUACAAGACCAUUGUGUUCAUAUCUUGUCUUAUAAAUUCCCUUCCCUGGGAUAAAUUUACAUGUUUGUAGCUCUGCAGCAACAGCCAUCACUGUGGAUAUCUGUGACUGCAUCUGUGUGCACCAAGGCUUCCAAAAACCCAGGAGAGGUUCAGGAAGGGUCAACAGGGACCAAAUAAAGAGAAAAGGGACCAUCAGUGGGUGGCAGGACAGAGCUGGGGGGUGUCCAUGGCUGUGAGGCAUCUGAAGGUUUCUCUCAUAAGCAUUUGCUCUGUGAGUCAGUCAGAGGGUAGAGCUGCACUAAAAAGCCAAACUGCAUUUGUAGCUGUUCUGGGGGUUAAUUCCAGACUCCCAUGAGGAAGAGGGGCAGUGGGGCUGCACUGUGCAGAGUCCCAAAGCCCCACAGAGGCUGGCUGGGCUUCAGGCUGUUUGUGUGAAUGUUUAAUAAAUGCUUUUUCAUCCUGCCCAGCCAGGCAGAUUAGGUGACAUGUGAGGCCCUCCCUCUCCACCUUAUCCAACAGCAGGAUCUUCCCACCUUCUGAGUGGCAGGAGGGAGGCAGCUGCAAGUUCCCAGUAUGGAAAUGGUGCAGCUGUAGCUCCUCUGUUGUCUCUCAGUGGGCACUGAAAGGGCAGGGAACACAAGGAUGAGCAAUUGGUCUCAUCCUCACAACUGGGUGACAAAAAGUGGCUUCUAAAACCCUCUGAAAGUCCCAGUGUCCAAUUAGGGAAGGCUAAUAUACGUAGGAGUAACCAACCUGCUGCUUUCUCCCAAAUGCCUCCCAUUUCCAUGGCCAAGUGCUAAACACAACAUGUCCCACAGAAGACUCACACUGGAAGGAGUGUGGAUGAAGACAGGUUGUCAAAAAGACAUUUAAGACUGUGAAAGCAAGGGUACAAUUGGGGAAAAACUAGAGAGUUAACGUGUAUUUAUGACUAUUUAUUUAAUUUAAUGCUGCUGACUACUGUACUGCUCCCUGACUUCUCUGCCAGGGAGGCUGCUGAAAUGGCUGCUGUACAAUGACACUGAGGUGCUAGAGCCUGGGAAGGGCAUUCUGUGGCUCAUCUUGGGACAGGAGGGCCCUGACUGUGACUUGCCAGACUGUCCCAGAGUCCUGUUUCCCCCGUUACUCCCUCCCACAAUUGCUAAGCACAGAAAAUUCCCCUGCUGCCCAUCUUCCCCUUCUCUAGACUUUCAUUUCAAGCACCGAGCAAGACAACAGAGAGGGAGGCCCUGUGGUUCACCUUGCCCAUGCCAGAAAAUGAAAGAGGACACAUCAUAAUGAAAGAAAUCUGGGAUGUUGAGGUCUCUUCCAGCUGGCUGGGAGGGUUUUGUGCUUGGCUGGAUCUGAUCAGUCAGGAGGCAGAGAAACCCACCUGUCCCAGAGGGUCACAAGCAAAUGCUGCUGAUCAGGGCUGGUUUCUCACCGAUUUCACAUUCUCUUUAGAGUUAGGGAGGCAAGAAAUCCAUUCCCUCAUCAGUACAUCCUUUCUCUGCAGCAUCCUUCCAGCUUUGGCCACAGCUUUAGGCUUGGGAUGUUCCCUCUGACUCCCUCCUCCCCUCCCUCCCUCAGGCUGGGCCCCAGGGACAGCCUUGCACAAGCUCUGUUAAAUUAACCUGAGGCUGCACUGGCAGCUGUAACAAUCUCAAGCACUAAUAUUUAUUCUACCUGCACAUCAGACUGGGUUUUUAACAUCUGACAUCUCUCCUGACACACAGCAACGUUCAGUCCUUUGUUCUGGGCACCAACUAGAACCUUGUACGUGCAGCAUCCUUCAGGCUGAGGGAGGUUUAUCUUGGAGGCUUUAGGGUUCUCUUUCUCAGAUUUCUAGUUAUUUACUUUUUUUUUCCCACUUGGCUUGGAGUGGGAUAGGAUUCCUGACCUUUUGUUGCCUCUUAAUUUAUCACAGUAAUAAUAAAAAAGGGGAAAAGCAAGGUCUUUUUCUUAAGGCAAAACCCACAAUGGCACUAAAGGUGAGGGCUCAAACAAAACUCAGAUUAAAGGUGAGGGCUUAAACAAAACCUGGGGGUAUUUUCACUUAGAUGCCUUUGUGUAGAAAGCUGUGAUAGGAAUCAUCUGCUCCCAGUUGACAGGUUAAUUCCUUCUGGAGCCAUUGGCAGUUUGGGACCACGAUUGUAUUUCCUGGAGAAAUCAGUAAUGCUUUUUAGGAGUGAGGUUGAGCAACCUGAAUAACGUUCCAGGGGGUGGUACUUCCCUCAGCAUCCUAGCCAAGUCAUAGCUUGGCUUCCCCCUGUCAGGGUUUUGCUUCCCUGUGCCAGAAAUCCCACAUUAUUUCCACAGCAGACACAUUUCCCUGCCCAGCCCUCCCUCUGACCUUCCCACCCUGCACAUCUGCCAGGUGAGCACAGCUGGGGUUCGAUUUGCAGGAUGUGAACAAUAUAAAAAAAAAAACCAGGGGUUUUUGAAGCAGGCAUUUCUCCAGCCAGGCAUGCAAAGCAAUGCCAGCAGCUGGGAGCCUAAUUCCUGCCAAGUGAGAUGCUCCCUGGGUGGGAGGAGGGAGAAGGGGGAGCAGGAGGCUUCAAUCUGCCAGUUUUUAUGGGAGAAGGGACACAGAUCACUGAUCCUGGCUUGAUACAACCUCACCUCUGAUAAACACACACCUAGUGCUUACCUUUGAAGGAGCUGCUGGGGUUAUGGCAUCUGGGCUGAGCUCAGGGUGGGUUUGAGGCCUGGAUAACUGCUGUGCCAUCAGGCAUUCCUGAAGUGGAUACCAAAUGCAUCUAGUGCAGCACCUGUGUCCGGGGAGGACCAAAAGACAGGUUAUGUCAGGUGUAAGAUGCGCAAGACAGGGGCAUUGCUGGGGCUGCACAUUCCACUUGGGAGAGAAAAAGGUACCUGCAGUGGUAAGGACAGGAGUGAGCUGUGGAUUAACAGGAUAACCAUGUUUUUGGGUGCUCUGCAAUUAACCCCAGGCACGCUUCAGUCACAAAACUUUGAUAUUAAUUCAUAGUAACUGAUACUAACAUCUGCAAAAAUCCUUUCUGGCUCCCUUAAGUCCUUUGGGAGAAGAGAAAAAAAAAAAAGUCACAGGGCUUUGAUCUCCCCUAACACACCUGAACUGCUGCUGACAGGGUCUGCAUUUACACACAGCUCAGGCUAUGCCUGUCUGCUGGGUGACACCUGAGCCCUCUUGUCUACUUUAGAUCCAAUAAAGGCAAACCUUAGAGAUAUGCAACAUGCCUUCAGUGUAAUAGGAGCCUGUAUUAAAGGGGGAAAGGUUUCAAAGCACAAAGCUUUGCUGGAUUUGAAGCCCUGGCACAAAACUGGCUCUGAAAUAGUGAUGCCUUGCAUUUGGCAUAUCCUCUCAAGGAAAGCCUGGAAUGCUAAUUUUGGAAUGCUGCUCUGUGUUCUUGUCAGGCAGACCCCGUUCAGCAGCUUGUCUGGGUGUAGAUGGGGAUAGACUUUUCAGCCUCCUUGACUCCUCAGCACUGUCCACAUAUCCUGAAUAGAAACUUACUCUUACCUUUGUACAGGAAGGUAGAAAUUUCUUUUCCAGGUAGUGACUGGAGACACUUUUGGUCUGGGUACUUGAUCAAGACCUUUGGAUUUGCUGCACUAACUGUUCUAACCAGGAGCACUCUUGUCAGUUCAGUGUCUGCUUUUCCCAGUGAGGACAGAAACAAAACCACUUCCUAAUUCAGAGGUGGCACCUUCUGCUUCCACAGUGUGCGGAAAAUCAGUCUGAAAAUUGCUGCUUGAAGGAACAGCGCCUGGCUCAGGGGAGGCAAUUCUGUCCUGUUUUCCCAGCCGGCUGCUGUCAUCCCACAGUUCUUGACAGAUCCUUGUUCAACCCCAGGAGAUCUCCCGGUGGGAUCUCUGCCAGGGUUGCCGCCACUGACGCGUUUCAGCGUGGACUCUGACUUAAGUCUUUUCAGCCAGUCUCAGCACUAGUUAAAACACCUGGCAGGGGCUUGCUCAACACAAAACUGGAAGCAGAGGCUCUCAAACCAAAGCCCCCGAGGUGAGUGGCUCCCAGAGCAGCUGUCUCAGUGUAGUUGCUGUGCUGAUGUCUCAGCCCGUGUCCCCCCCCGGGCCCGCUCUGCCCUCCGUGCUUCGCAGUCCCCACAGCACGAGUCUCUCUGUGCCAUAAAUGCCUUCCCUUUCCUAGACGUGCACACUGGCCAAAUAAUCUCCUCGUGUCUUGAUGGACUGCUGGUUGAGGCCAUUCCCUGAUCUAGGCAGACAGCAUGGGCUUAUCCCUUAGCAUGGGUACGUGGUGUGCCAUGCCCUCCUCUCCCACACGUUUUGCAGUGCUUGCUAUGGCUUUCCCCCUCUCCCCUCGAACCUCUGCUGCUGGACAAUCAUUCCCCGUGUCAUAGAUGGACUGACCUGGUGCUGUCCCUGCCUGCCUUUCCCUCCUGCAGUCUGUAUGCUCUUUUUAAAGUGAAUGUGUUUUAAUUUUUAUUUUUGUUCAGUAGGGAAAAGGACUUCCUUCUGCUGAAGGAAUUAUAUUUGCACAUGGCUCAGGGAGGUUCCUCCUCUGGCCGUUUCUGUUACCUCACUCAUUUAGGCCAAUUCCAUUGCUAACGUUUAAAGGCCACCUUCCCCAUCCCAGACUCCCGGAAUAGUUAGGGAAUAAAACCAACGUGCAGCUCAGGUUCUUAGAGCCGUGUGGUCGUGUCUCCGUGUGGGAAGCGGGAUUUUGGGAGGGCGGCUGUUACAAAACAGCAGCUCUAUCCAGCAGGGAGGGGUGGAGCCUGCGCCACGGGCGUCAUUCCCAUCUCCACAAGCCCACCCACCUCCCGUGGACGCAGCACUUACGGCAGAGCAGAGAUGGAAGCGCCUGGCCUGGCUCUGGACACGGAGGGAGGGAGGAGCAGCAGAACUGUUGCAGCACAACCACGGCUGUGGCACCUCCGGGACGUCACCAUUCCCGUGGCAGUUCAUCUCCCAGCGCACUCUCCAGGCCUGGAUAAAGCUGCUAAAAAACCUGGAGCGUGUCCUCCCCAGCCGGACCCUGCGCCCCUGAAUCGCUGUUAACUGCAAAACUAACGAGGGAGUGGGUCCUACACUCGCUUCCCUCCUGGAAUUCACCACCAGAGCCCGGGAUCAGGGGGAGGGGGGGAUGUGAAUUUUCACUGUGGGGUGGGGGAAGGCCCCCGGUGGGUUGGUUUUAGGAGUCGUGUGACUGUGAGGACCUUUGCGCUGUGCGCAAACCGCGGUGAAACGCUACUGAAAUGACCUGCUAGAACCUCUAGGAACUGUAAAAGGCUCUGCAGCCAAACCUGGUGUAAGUAGCUAGUACAUGGAAGUACGGUAUCAAUUAAAAACUCUAUCAACCAGA